UUUGUCACAUGGUCACACAACAUCAGCAUGUUAUUUAGCGGGACUGGGGCCGGUUUCUGAUCAGGUGUCCUGCUCCAUCUUCAUCCCUGAGGAGCAGCUGCUCUCCUCCUCCUCCUCGUCCAUCAGCCAUGAGCGACAGCGACGAUGACGACGUUCCUACGCUGUCGGCUCACACUCUGGCCGCCCUGCAGGAGUUUUACAACGAGACCAGGACCGGUCCGGCUCACAGCACGUCUCCAUCAGACCAGUUCACUGUGGGGGCGGUGGAGGAGGACUGGAGGAUGAGUCAGUUCUGGUACAGUGAUGAAACAGCUGCUCAGUUAGUUGAAGAGGUCGUACGUGAAGCUGGAGAGGGAGGCAGGAUAGCGUGUGUGAGUGCGCCCAGUGUGUACCAGAAGCUAAAGCAGGGUGCGGUGGAUGGUUCAGACCGGGUGUCUGCUGUCGUGCUGGAGUACGACCGACGCUUCGCCACCUACGGAGAUGACUUCAUCUUCUACGACUACAACGAGCCGCUGUCUCUUCCGGCCGACGUGGCUCCUCAGAGCUUCGACAUCGUCCUGGCCGAUCCGCCCUACCUGUCCGAGGAGUGUCUGAGCAAAGUGGCCAAAACCAUCAAGCACCUGAGUAAAGGCAAAGUGCUGCUGUGCACAGGAGCCAUCAUGGAGAAUCUGGCCAAGGAGCUUCUGGAUGUAAAAAUGUGCAGCUUCCUGCCGAAGCACAACAGAAACUUGUCCAAUGAGUUCCGCUGUUUUGUCAACUAUCCGUCUCGCCUGCUGUCCAGCUGAGGAGCCGAACCCCUGUCCGAUCAACAUUCUGACUGUUCAGUCUGAUGGACGGAGGACAUUGUAGACAUUUAAAUCCAUGGUUAAUACUGAACGGCUACAAAUGGACUUGGGACAGUUCGUUUAUUGAAUAUAAAUUAUUUGAUAACCUGCUGUUCGUGAACUGUAAGCUGGUCAGACAUUUUAUGAAUCAAUUAAAGGAGAACUCCACCAAUUUAACAUGUCACUUUUGGAUUGUUUUGUGUGGAGUACUGCCUUUUAAAAACAUCGGUAUCCAACAGCCUUGUGUGAAUUAUGAGUUGUGAGCUAAUGGAAGUCAAAGGAGAUGUAGAGUGUGCGACCAAGGAAGUGAGGAAAGGAAAAACCCCUGAAACCUUAACGUGAGUCUCCUCACCCCUUCAGAGACUAAACUAGGGGUGGUUAAUCGGUCCUGUUUCAUUACGAUUACUGAGGUCUCAAAACACCAUAAAUGUAUUGCACCUUUUUUUUUUUACUCAUUUUAGAUGUAGUCUUUCACUCUGGUUAAUUUUGUCAUCACCUCGUGGAGAGGACGUUGAUUUGGUGGAGUGAGGCUUCAGGCGGCUGUCUUUAGCCCACGCAGCCUCCUCUGGAUGGAAGCGCGACAUGUGAGCCCUCAUCCAUCCAUCCAUCCAUUUUCUAUACCGCUUGAUCUAUCAGGCUCGCGGGGGAGCUGGAGCCUAUCCCAGCUGACUACGGCCGAGAGGCGGGGUACACCCUGGACUGGUCGCCAGUCAGUCGCAGGGCCGACACGCAGAUAACUAACACAGAUAACUACACACGCACGCACACACUCACCUAGGGACAAUGUAAAGUAGCCAGUUAACCUAAUGUGCAUGUUUUUGGGAUUGUGGGAGGAAGCCGGAGAACCUGGAAAAAACCCACGCAGGCACAGGGAGAACAUGCAAACUCCGCACAGAAGAGCUCAGGCCGGUGUUCGAACCUGGAGCCCUCAUGUUGCUAGUAUUGCCACAGUCAGGGGCGCUGGGGUUGAAAUUCAUCCCAGGAGCUUGGUUUGGAGAGGCCUUACCUAAAGUAAGGUACAUAUGCUCACACAUACUAUGCA